AUGUCUAUUUGGUUAAAUAUGGAAAAUCUCUGUCGUUGUUGUCAUUCUCAAUACGGCUAUAAAAGUCUCAAUGCUUCUCAUGAAGGUAUCGAAGAAACUUACUCUGUUAUGUUGCAGAGGACUUUUGAUAUUGUUGUGAAUCCAGCAAUUGGGGAGCCAAAUACAGUUUCUUAUUCUAUCUGUGAUGUAUGCAUAUCACAUUUGCGUGAUGCACUAAUUUUCAAGCAACAAGUGGAAACUUGUGAACAGAUCCUAUCUUCACAUUACAAUAGCCAAAAAGUUAAAGGCAAUUUUAAAAAUGCAGUCAAAGAAGAGGCAACAGAAUUACAUGAUGAUGGGUUAAAGGAGGAAUCGUGCCAAGAGAAUGAAGGUGACACAGAAGAAAAAUGUACUGAUAAUAAGCUUGGUGUGGAAGUCUUCGAAAACUCUAUUGAAGAUACUUUUGAUGAUCAACCUUUGUCAGUUCUUAAGAGCAAGGUUCAUAAACAAGAAACGUUAGAUCAAGAAUCAGAACCAGAUGCAGAUUGGGCUGCUGCAGCUGCCAUUAUCGAUGAUGAGAUAACUAAGUCCAAUAGUCAGACAAAAGUAAAAAAAUACACCUGCAAUGUUUGCUGUAAAAAAUUUACAUAUUAUGGCUCCUUGGAAGUACACUUAUUGACACACAAUGGGGAGAAAAAUUAUCAAUGUCUUAUAUGUAAUAACAAAUUUUUGCAAAAUAAGGAUCUAACAAAGCAUAUAUCUACAAGUCAUUCUGAAGGUGGUGUUUACCCAUGUAAUAUGUGUGCCAAAUCAUUUGACAAGGCCCGCCUUUUGAAGAACCAUUUAUCAAGUCACUAUGAUAUGGACAAAUUUAAGUGCAGUUACUGUGACAAACAGUUUCAACGCAAAAAAGGUUUGAAAGAACAUAUGAAGACACAUACGAAGGAGAAAAAUUUCACUUGUCAGAUAUGUCACAAAUCUUUUGGUCACAAUCAAACUUUAAAAUCUCAUAUACUAACCCACACUGGGGAGAAACCAUAUGUUUGUGAUGUGUGCGGACGUCGAUUUGCCCAACGCACACAUUUAAAGAGGCAUAUCUUCAUUAUUCACACUGGGGUUAAACCUUACUCAUGUAAAGAAUGCAACAAGCAGUUUUCCAGCAAAAGUUACUUGGCAAUUCACACCCGGCAGCAUACUGGUGAACGUCCACAUACAUGUGAAGUGUGUAAAAAAGAUUUUACCGCUUAUACAACUUUAAAAGUACACAUGAGGGUCCACACUGGUCGCAAGCCCUACACUUGUAGUUUUUGCGACAGACAGUUUGCUCAAAUGGCCAGUUUUAAGCUACAUGAACGCACCCAUACUGGUGAACGACCAUACUCUUGCAAAGUUUGUAAAAAACCAUUUUCAGAUAAUGGUUAUUUAAAGAUACACAUGAGAGUUCAUACUGGAGAGAAGCCUUAUAGCUGCGAAGUUUGUAAGAGAUCAUUUAGAGAGACCGGUCAAUUAAAACGUCAUAUGAGAGUGCACACUGGAAUUAAACCAUACACAUGCAAGAUAUGUAAUAAGCAAAUUGGUAAUCUAUCUAAGCACAUGCGUGUACAUUCUGAUGAGAGGCCUUACAACUGCAGUGUAUGUAAUAAACAAUUUUCUAUAAGUGGUAAUUUAAAACUGCAUAUGAGGAUUCAUACUGGUGAAAGGCCAUUCUCUUGUGAUCUCUGUAACAGUCAAUUUAGUCAAAGCAGUGGAUUGAAAAGGCAUAGAUGUACACACUUGGACAGAGUUAACACAUAG